CCGCUGUGUUCUUCGGACCGCAGCACGGCGACGGAGCGACGUUCGGUUUUUUAUCCGCGCCAUACACGCGCAUUGUGUUUCACACAAGCAUCCGAAUGCUUGCGCGUGCUUUUUCUUUCCUUUUUUUUUUUUUUUUUUUUUUUCGUAGCUACUACUUCGCUAGUCUCGAGACACGUACCUGUUGCUAGUAAUCGCGUUGGAGUUUAUCCUCGAGCAGAAAAGAUCGUUCGUGUUAAAAGAGUUGUGGUCUGAAAAAUCGUGCUCGAAAGAAAUCUCAACGACGAGAGAAGAAAAAUUGGUCCUUUAGAAUCAUCACACGGAUUCUCGGCAGUGAAUAACCUCCGAAAAUAUUCGCGUAGCGUGUUUUUUUUGGAUCUCUAAACAACACACCGUUAGCGACAGGACACUCGGUAGCUAUUUCAGUGAAAUCGUCGAUCUUCCACGUAGAAUUUAGUUAAUAAUAUUCAUAACACGUCCUUAACGCUGGACGCGUCCGGGGAUAUCGUACCCGAAAUUGCGCAAUGUCGAGUUCCCGUGUCCCUCCAUUCCUUUUCUUCCUCACUCACACCACCUAAAUUUACUAUAAAAACCUUUCCUCUUCUUCUUCAUUUUGUUUGUUCUUCGUGCCGCCAAUUUCCAAGCUAUUCUUGACGACAAACCAGCGAAUCUGUGUUGUGUGUGUACGCGUGUGCGGAAUAAAGAAGCGUUAUAUACCGACAGUAUUCGAGACGACAGAUGACCGAGGAAUAAAAAUUCUUCGCUCGUGACACGAGCCAUGUAGAGUGUGCGCUGCUGACGAAUCCGUCCAUUAUUAUUUCAUUCAUCGCUCGUUUUUUUCGUCGUUCCUCCACGCUGCCGCAUCAUUUUUCAACAUGCUGAAAAUGUGGUCUCCGAAAUUCGGUCGAGGCACCGUCUCGUGGCUGCUGGUUUGCGCUCUCGUGGCCAAUAUCCGAUGCUACAACGAGGAAUCAAGCUGCGCUGACAACAACUGGCACACUCUCGAAACUCCUGAAUCUGCGAGAGCGAACUGUGGAGCGGCUUUCCAGAACCGGUGCGAGUGUCGCAUGGCUUGCUACGACGGACGUCAUCAGUUCGUCGUCAAGUGCAUCGAUUCCAAAUUCACGGAUACCAAACCCCUCGAGAACCUUCCCAAUGCCACCGAGGUUCUCAUAUUCACCGGUAAUUAUAUCGAGAAACUGCCCUGGAACGUUUUUGGGACUCGGGACAUUCCCGGGCUCCGGGUCAUCGACAUGUCGAGCAACAAAAUCCGUGAAAUACACGGGAAAAGCUACCACCACGUGCAAAAUGUCGAACGCCUCAUUCUCGACUUCAACGAACUCUCACUGGACUCGGAAAUCGAUCAUCCACGAGUCUUCUCCAAUUUCGCCUCCCUCCUCGAGCUCCACUUGACUGACGCCUUUGAAGAUGCACCGAAAAACGGCUCUUCCUGGACCACCAGACCCACCGACCUCGCCACAUUCCUUCAUGAUAUCUUCGUCAACAGCAAUUUGACGCAGCUGAUUAAGUUGCAUUUGGAGCAGAACGAGAUAUCGGAAUUUCGUGAUCCGAACGUAUUCUGCGACCUGCCAAAUCUGCGGGAUCUUCACCUCGGGGACAACGCUCUAACGGCACUGCAUUUCAACCUCUCGUGCCUUCACAAUCUGCGAUUUCUCGAUUUGCAAAGGAAUCAUUUUACUCGAGUGUUGGAUCGUGAUUUGAGAACGUUGGAUACAUUUGCUAAGCAUAAUCAGUCGGUCACGAUCGAUUUAACGAGCAACCCGUUCGAAUGUUCGUGCAAAUUGAAUCCUUUCAUCAAAUGGAUGAGGAAGACGAAAAUAUCGGUGAGGAACGAGAAUGUUCUGAAGUGCACGGAGCACGGACAGAAAACACUGCGGCCCUUCCAGGAGACGAAGAACUGCCCAUCGAAGCUCGCUGCCUCGAACAGCCUGCGAGGAAGCGCAGCUGCAAUAACGGUACUUUCACUCCUCCUCGUGGCUCUCAUCUGCGCAUUAAUCUACGUGCAGCGUGAAGAGCUUAAGAAAAAAUUGGGACCGGUAAUAGAAUCGGUUAAUCGACGAGUGAGGUACACCUCCAUCGCAACUGGCGAGGCGAGAGAGAAUGAAGUGUAAAAACAAGCUUUAUUACGCUUUCCACGCAUUAACCUUGAUCCUGCAAUAAUUACGUAAAGCACUUCCCGAUUUAUUGAGUAGGAAAGAGCGACGGCUCGUUCGCUCAAAUGUUACGAGCCAAUAUUUUUGCGUUACAGCAAUUUCUUAAUCAAAUUUCAGGCAUCAAAAGUUUGGCUCAACAUUGGCAAAGUGCUGAAUCGCGUUACGAUUGAAAUCAUAGAAAUUGAGGAAAUGGAAUGAUCUUCUUUACACAAGAAUCAAUUACUGUUGAAAAUUUUCGAAAAUUUUAUUUAAAGUAUUUAACCAGAAGAUAAAAUGUCACAUCAGUUAUUUAUUACGACACACUUGUACACUGACCAGUGAGUGUUUCUGUCCAAGUGUCAAUUUUCAUUAUUACGUCGAUUAUUCGAUAUUCUUAGAUUGCUUUUGCCGUAUAAAUGAUCCAAGAGUUGAACCGAUCUUACAUAUUUGAAGUUUUAUACAAAAUAUACUGGUAACAAAUCGUUUUACCAUUACAUCGGUUUCGUUAUUGGAGAGUGAUUUUAUAAUUUACUAGUGAAAAGGUCAGAUAGAGACGAGUAAAUGAUUUUAUAAUUGAAAUUCCCAUAAAUAGAUAAAAAUUUGAUUUAAAUGGAAAAAUCUAAUAUAUACACUGCCCGUUGUGUAUGGAUCUGCGACUGUUUGCGUGUGCACGUGUGAUCUGCGAUUGUUUGUAUGAAUGCGGACACGAAGUUGAUGGAAAAACAUUGAAACUGCUAGGAAAAGUGAUUGUUUUUUUUUUAUAUAAUAGGGAAAUAAUUUACGUGCAAAUGUUUUAUUCUAGACUGCGUUUAAAUAAAAACAAUAAGUGUCAUCGACCAUUCGUUGAUUUCGUACACAGUACAGUAACAACGAUCAUAAUUAUUCUAUACUUGGAAAAGAUGCUUUUAUUUUAACAUGUGAUCAAAUCGAUUAUAUUUAUUUAUUAAGAAACGUCAAAUAGUUUGAAGUUUCAUGUAACGUAGGCUUAGCAAUGAACAUUCAUUGCGACUGUUGCGAUUCGGGCUGAACGAAAGUUGAGGGAUUUAGAGAAAAAAAUAGUAUUCGCUGCAACGGUGAAUCAUUUUUUCUCAACACCUCUUAUCUGUAAAUAUAGCUAUCGUGCUGUUGAUUUCGUUCAGACGAGAUUAGAUACCUAGACAGUAACGACGAGGGCUUUAUCGUUUUUAACGUUCAUCGCCAGUUGUCCGGCCAUUGUUCGAUGCUGCAUUGUCUUUUCUUAAGUUUCGAAUAAAAAAAGAAAGAAAGAAACAUUCGAAUAAAAAUAA